AUGGUUGUGACGUUGACGGAGACGGCGGAUCUAUCUCGCCGGCGGCUGAGCGAGGGGAUGCUGUGCAUUAGGUGGCAGCGGGAGGUCUGCCGGCAGCGGGAGAUGGGGACGGCGGCGAGAGAUGGGGACGGCGGUGUUGACGGAGGCGGUGGUGAUCUGUGCUGUCGGUGGCGGCGGGGACUUGAGACGAACAGGGGGCGACGGGAUUGGAGAGGUUGUGUCACCGGGCGGCGGUUGGCGGCCGCGGGCGGUGGUCUACGGCUGCAGGUGGUGGUGGUGGAUCUCUCAAUUCGACGCUGCCGCUUCCUACUAAAACCGCCGCCGAUCGCCACUGCAACAAUACCGCCGCUCGCCUCUGCAACUCCGCCGCCACUCGCCGCUGCGACACCGCCGUCUCCGACACACACGCACACCGUUCAAGUGUGCGAUUCCGCCGCUCUCCUCCGACCCCACACACACAGAGACCGUCGCCUUCCUAAGCAGCCACCGUAUUCCUCCGCCACAGGGCUCCAGGCGCGCCGCCUCCAGUUGAGUAAAUACUACCUGCGAACAGAGCUCCGGACGACGGUACAACCGUGA